AAUCCCAGCCUCCUCCGGGCUUCUCCGUCCCUUCAAUUCUGGCUGCAGACUCGUUUCACCCUCGGGAGGGGGCUCCACCUCCGGGGUCUCCUUUGCUUCCACUUUGGUGAGAAGGGGAUGCUAGGGAGAGCACCUGGAAAUCGGCUCGUGCAGUCAGCUUGCAGAAGGGGACAGGGUCAAAGGUGGAAGGCUUCAGGCUGGCAAGAGAUAAUGAGGGAGCUGGACCCAGGAUUGGGAAGAUGAGGACAUGACUCACCCAGACCUUGACCAGGAUGAACGUACCCAGGUUCUUAGCUAAAACCUGGAGGGGGCUCGACUAGCAGGGAAGAGAACAGUUUGCUAUUUUUCCUGGCUCUGAAGUGGAAGAUGUCUGCAGACAGUCAAAGCGUCGCGGCUACCGAGAACAGGAAGAACACCUAUGAGGUUUCAGGUAAUGGGCAACACUGUGGAGAGAUACUCUCUGGGCAGGAGGAGACAGUGCCCUUGGGAACCUCUCAGGAGUCAACACAUGUUAAGGCAGAGCCAGAAGAGCUACACUGUGAGGGGGCAUCACAGGAGGACAGGACUCCGGGAGCAUGGGGCUGGAUGUCCCCAAGUCCUGGCUGUAAGGACAAGGCCCCCUUCCUGCCUGGCGGAGUUCUUCCUUCAUCAUGGAUUCCUGUACUGUCCCGAGGGGGACGGACCAGAGAGCGACAGAUGGCCGCAGCACUCCUCACUGCCUGGUCCCAGAUGCCUGUGACCUUUGAGGAUGUGGCCCUAUAUCUCUCCCGGGAGGAGUGGGGAAGGCUGGACCACACACAACAAAAUUUCUACAGAGAUGUACUACAGGGAAAGAAUGGGCUGGCUUUGGGGUUUCCCUUCAGCAGACCUUUCUGGGUCCCCCAAGUUCAGGGGAAGAGCCAGGCGGCAAGCUCUAGCCGGAUCACAGGAGCUGAGGAGAGGAGAGGCCUUGGUUCAGGAGCUGUGGAAAUGGGGAAGGUGGUACCAACCUUGGCCAUCACAACCCUAGAGGACACAAAAUCCAUAAGGACUAGGGCCAGGUGGGUCCCGGGGGAAGACUCGCAGCAAGUGGCUAGUGGUCUGGGUACAAAGCUGGCCAGAGACAUCGGGGAAGCUAGUCAGCUAAAGCCAGCCCCAUCCGAAGCACGUCCUCUCAAGACCCCAGAGGACAGCGCCCCAGAGAAGCCCAGUGAGGAGGAGGAGGCCCUGAAAAGUGGCGAAGAGGGUCUGGUACCUGACGGUGACUCGGGCAAGAAGACAUACAAGUGCGAACAGUGCGGCAAGGGCUUCAGUUGGCACUCGCACCUGGUGACUCACCGGCGAACGCACACGGGCGAGAAGCCGUAUACCUGCACGGACUGCGGCAAGCGCUUCGGCCGCAGCUCACACCUCAUCCAGCACCAGAUCAUCCACACGGGCGAGAAGCCCUAUACCUGCCCCUCGUGCUGGAAGAGCUUCAGCCACCACUCCACGCUGAUCCAGCACCAGCGCAUCCACACCGGCGAGAAGCCCUACGUGUGCGACCGUUGUGCCAAGCGUUUCACCCGUCGCUCGGACCUAGUCACGCACCAGGGAACGCACACCGGCGCCAAGCCCCACAAGUGCCCUAUCUGCGGCAAGUGCUUCACCCAGAGCUCCGCCCUGGUCACACACCAGCGCACCCACACCGGUGUCAAGCCCUACCCGUGCCCGGAGUGCGGCAAGUGCUUCAGCCAGCGCUCCAAUCUCAUCGCGCAUAACCGCACACACACGGGCGAGAAGCCCUACCACUGCCUGGACUGCGGCAAGAGCUUCAGCCACAGCUCUCACCUCACUGCCCACCAACGCACCCACCGUGGCGUGCGGCCCUACUCCUGCCCACUCUGCAGCAAGAGCUUCAGCCGCCGCUCCAACCUGCACCGGCACGAGAAGAUCCACACCACUGGACCCAAGGCUCUGGCCAUGCUCAUGCUGGGGGCAGCGGCGGGGGCGCUCACAGCACCCCCACCUGCUCCCACUUAAAAGCCUGAGAGAGAGAGCUUUGAGAACACCUAGGGAAGCUGAUACUAGGGCCCUGGGACGAUGCUGGGUCCUAGCCAUUGGGAUGGUGGACAGGGGUGAGGGCAGGGAACUGCAAGGUGCUACUUCUGGCACCAGGUGGGCAUUGUAACGUGGGAGGAGCCAGGGCUAGAAGGGCGGACACACU